UAUAUUAUAUUCAAUUAUCAAAAAUGGUUUAGGUUCACUUUCACUUCUUUCACUUUUUUCUUUUCUUUCUCUUGUUCAAUUCGAAACUCAGUCUGUUCGGCGCUUUCUAAAAUAGUAGUUUUAUCAUCCCGAAACCCGCUCUAUUUUGUUCGUGCUUAACUACGGACUUCCCUCACUCUCUUGCACUUUUAUCAGUAAAUCAACAGAUCAAUAGAUCUAUCAAUGGAAAUAAUAAGCAAAUCAAACUCUUAUUAUGGAAAAGAAAAGCUUUCUUGAUAUGACUGCCCCCAGUGGGUAUGUAGCUGGUAUCGGUCGUGGUGCCAGUGGGUUUUCCACUAGAUCUGAUAUUGGCUCUCUUGGUUCAGCUUUACCAAAUUUUAAUCAAAAUUUCGAAAAAUUUGAUACUAAUACAAAUAACGACAACGAUAAUGAUGACAAUAAUGAUGAUGAAAAUUAUCAAGAUGCAGAUGAAGAAGGUUUGUUAAGCACAAACUUAUUAGACAAAGAUGACAGAGAAGCUGAUGAAAUUUAUGAAAAAAUUGAACAAAGAUUGCAAAAUAGAAAAAUUAUUCCACCCAAUUCAAAUUCCACAAAAUCAAAAAAGAGAAAAAGAUCUCCUUCAAAUUCAAACGAAAUUAUAAUAAAUAAUCCACAAAGCAUCAACGACAUCAAUUCUCAAUUUCAGGAUUUAAAAAGAGAAUUAGCCACAAUAACUGAUGACCAAUGGUUAAAUCUACCUGAACCUGGUGAUUUAACUAAAAGAAAUAAAAGGGAAAGAGAUUUACUACAAUCACAACAAAGAUCCUAUGCUAUUCCCGAUUCUUUAAUAACCGGUUUAAAAAAUCAAAAUGCUACUGAUUAUAUGAUAAAUCCUAAUGAAAAUGAUCAAAAUCAAAAUCAAAAUCAAGAUCAAGAUCAAAAUGUAGAAUUUAUAAAAAACCAAUUGGAUGAAAGAACUGAUUUUAGUCUUUUAUCUUCUUCAAGAAUAAAAAUAUUAGGCGCCAAAUUGGACAACUUGGAUAAAAAUAAUACUAAUAAAAUCUCGCUCUCAUCUCAUGAUUACCUAUCAAAUUUAGAUUCAAAUAUUAACAAAUCCAUUUUAUUCGAUGAUCAGGCUAUAAGAGACAUAAAUAAAUCAAGACUAAUUUUCAAAUCUUUAAGAAAAAGAGAUCCUUAUAACGUUUCUAAUUGGAUUUCAAGCGCUAAAAUUGAAAUCCAAUCGAAAAAUUUUAAAACUGCUAAAAAAUUAUUAAAUCAAGGUUGUAAUUUAUGUAAAAAAGAUGAAAAUAUUUGGUUGGAGAACAUAAAUUUAAAUCUAAAUGAUUUAGUUUUAUGUAAAAAAAUGAUAACCGAAGCAUUGAGUUAUAAUCCCAAAAGUGAGAUAUUAUGGUUAAAGGCUUAUAAUUUGGAAAAUGAGUUAUUUGAUAAAAGAAGAAUCAUAAGAAAGGCUCUACAACAAUUGAAAUAUAAUGUUAACUUGUGGAAAAUUUCAAUUGAUCUUGAAUCUGAUGAUCCAGAAAAAGAAAAAUUAUUAUCAACUGCAUUGUUUUUAAUUCCAAAAUCAGUUGAUUUAUGGUUACAAUUAUUUGAAAUUCAAAAAAAUAUUAAAAGUAAAAGGAAAAUAUUAAGUGAUGCUUUUAAGUCUGUUCCAAGCUCUCAUAAAAUACUAAUUGAAAUCUGCAAAUUAGAAGAAUCGGUGUUAUUUGAAAAUAAAAAUAAUACAUCCAAAGAAGACGUGUUUGAAAUUAUCCAAGAAAAAUUUAAUAUUGGAUUUUCUAGAUUAAAAAAUCAUAAAAAUUCAAUAUCAAGGAAAGAUUGGCUAAGAAAUGCAAUGGAGUGUGAAAAUUCAAAUUUUAUAUUGACGUGUCAAGUAAUUAUAAAUAAAACAAUAACAUUAAAUAUUGAUCAAGAAGUAACUAAAGUAAUAACUGAACGAAAAAGCAAAGAGAUAAAUAAUGGUAAUGUUAAAAAUGAUAAUAAUAAUAAGAACAAUGAUGAGAUAAUUGCCUUGUUAAAAGACGAUUUUGACUUUGCUUUAGCGUCGUCAAAUUUCGAAACUUCUAGAUCAAUUUUACUUUAUAUCGUACAUUUAUAUCCAACAGAAGUUUCAAUAUGGAAAGAAUUAAUGAUUCUUGAAAAGAACCACUCAUUCAAUAGUGAUAUUUAUAAAACUUAUCAAGAUUCAAUCAAGUAUAACCCUGAAGUUUCUGAGUUUUGGCUUAGAUAUGCUAAAGAAAAAUGGAUCAAUAAUGAAAUUGAAAAAUCUAGAGAAAUUCUUGAAAAUGCAAUAAUAAAAUUACCUCAAAAUGAAGAAAUUUGGCUUGCAGCAAUUAAAUUAGAAUCCUCCAAUAAAUAUUAUGACAAAGCUUUAGAUUUAUUAUCAAAAGCUCGGAAGGGAUUAACAAACAAUUCUCAAAUAUGGUGUAAAAGCAUUAUUUUAGAAAGGCAAUUGGGUAAUAGUGAUAAAGCAUUAGAUUUGAUUGAAGAAGGAGUCAAAUUGUUACCCAAGCAUGAUGAAUUUUAUAUUCAAAAAGGUAAAAUAUUUGAGGAGAAACAAGAAUUCUUUAAAAGCAAAGAAGCAUACAAACAAGGCAUUGAAAAUUGUCCAAAUUCUCCAUUAAUUUGGAUAUUAUAUUCAAAAGUAAUAGAAAAAGCGGAUAAAAACAUAAUAAGAUCAAGAUCAAUGCUUGACAGGGGACUAAUUGAAAAUAAAGAUAAUGAAGAUAUUUGGUGUGAAAAAAUCAAAUUGGAAAUUCGAAACAAUAUUAAAGACAGAUCAAAUAUCGAUUCAUUAAUUUCCAAGGCACUCCAAGUAUUGCCAAAUUCAGCCAAGAUUUGGUCAUUAAAAAUCAAGUUUAUCAAAAAAAAAUCACAAAGAAAAAAUAUAAUUUUGAAAGCGAUGAAAGAGACUAAGAAUGACCCAAUUAUUUUAUUAUCAAUUGGGGAAUAUAUGUUAAUGGAUGGCAAACUCGACAAGGCCAAAUCAUGGUUUUUAAAAGCGAUAAAUGAAGAUAGAUCUAUUGGCGAUUGUUGGGUAUGGCUUUAUUUGCUUUUAAAAGAGCAUGGAACUAAGGAAGAAAUCGAGAAAUUUUUUCAAGAUUUUCGUAAACACGAAAACGAUAUUUCCCGUGGAGAACAUUGGGUGGAAGCUAGGGAAAAAAUUCAAAACUUUGAAAAGAGUAACGUAGAAUUGUUGGAAAUUGUUUCUAAAAAUCUUUUAUCCUCUUAAUGAAGAUAAAAAAUAAACUCAUUUAAUUACAUUAGAUUAAAUACGCUAAUUAAAAAAGAAAAAAAAAAUUAAAAAAGAAAAAAAAUUAAAAAAAAAAAAUUAAAC